GUUUGCUACAUGGCGUCGAAUUUCUGUGACCCCAUCACAGGAGCCGCGAAAAAUGCCGCGGCGAAAGCUGCUGGCGCUGCUGACGCUGGCUUUUGCAGGAGUCCUUGGCGUUGCUCCGCCCUUCACGCUGCUGAAGCGCCCCGCGCGCUUCUCGGCCACGCCGGUGGUGUCGGAGCACAGCAACGAUGCGGUGAACCAAUUGGCGCGAGAAGAGCUCGAGUCCAUCGGCGCCAAAGAUGUGCGCUUCAUGGAUCAGCGCUGGUACUUCGAUGCGGGUUCCAACUUCGACGUCACCCGUUUGCUGGAGGUGCGGCACGUACAAAGCGUCCGCUCCAUCGUGCUACUGGCAGACAGCCAGCGCAGCGAGGGCUUGCGGCUGGACGCGAUGAUAAAGCGUGGCAACUGGAAAGCCUUGGAGGACCUGGCCGCCUUUGUGCCCUGCAGCGGCUGGUGCUGCCGCGCCGCCGCGCGCGGCGCCGCCAAGCGGCGCUGGCCCAACGGGACCCAGGAGUUAGAGGCUGCUUUGCAUCGUCGCUUUGGAUGGCCAAUCCAGAAACCUGGGCGUUUGGCAGAUGUCACUGUGCACAUGCAGCUCUUUCGAAACAAACUGCUGCUGGAGGUGGCCUUGCUGAAGCAGAGAAGACCGGUCUUGGGCGGCGGCUGGCCGCACAGAGGUCUGGGUCAUGUAGAGGCCUGGGCCCUGGCUCGGACUUUGGAUCUCAAGGCUGAUGAGGUGGUGCUGGACCCCAUGUGUGGCAAGGGCACUCUCCUGGCAGAGGUCGCCACUUGGUGGCCUUCCACUCGUCUGAUUGGUGUGGAUGUGGACCCAAAGCAACUGCAGCGUUGCCGCGAGAAUUUCCAGUGGCUUCAGCGUGAGGUAAGUCUCCAUUUGGCCAACGUCACGGAUGAUGGGUUGGCAGCUGUCGGCAUGGUGGACCGUGUUCUGGUGGCACCACCAUGGAACAAACAGUUCGCCGUCCAGGGCCAGUUGCAGGACUUCUUCGAACAAAUGUUCCGCGCGAUUUUCGGCGUGCUGAAGCCUGAUGGCAAGCUGGCCCCUUGGCGCAGCUGCAGCGCUGUACGAUGGCCAGAGGUAAGUCCUACUCGGAUCCAAGGGCUAUGUGGAGAAGAGUCUGCUGAGCGCGCUGGGCGCUUCACAGUCCUGUCACCCGGACCAUGCUGAGGAUGAAGCAUGUAAAGUUCGUUGGAAGGUCGUGGCGCGGCAACGCUUCGCCCUGACCCCGCGCACCACCGCCACGGUUCUGCUGGUGGAGUCGCGCCCCUUGCAGGAUGUCACGCCGGCGGCGCGACACCUGCCCUGGGACCGCGUGACGUCCACUGGUCCCGUGGAGCGCUGGCGGCGCCAGCGAGCCGAAGGCUUUCCGCGGCUGGUGCCGGCGAACUUGGGCGAUGCCGAGCCUGCUACGGAGUGGAGGCCUCCCGUGCGCCGUGUUGGGCCCAUUUGGACCGCUUUGCGGCGUCUGGGGCGCGUGCUGCGCCGGACAAAAA